GUUGAUACUCAUAUCCAUGCUGCUGCUUGCAUGAACCAGAAACACUUAUUGAGGUUUAUUAAGCACACAUAUCAAACGGAGCCCGACAGGAUUGUUGCAGAGAAGAAAGGCAAGAAGAUGACUUUAAAGCAAGUCUUCGAAAGCCUUCACAUGGACCCUUAUGACCUCACUGUAGACUCCUUAGAUGUUCAUGCAGGCCGUCAAACAUUUCACCGAUUUGACAAAUUCAAUUCCAAGUACAAUCCAGUGGGUGCUAGUGAGCUGAGGGACUUAUAUUUGAAAACUGAGAACUACAUUGGUGGUGAAUAUUUUGCUCGUAUGGUCAAGGAAGUAGCCCGUGAACUAGAAGAAAGUAAGUACCAGUACACAGAACCUCGCUUAUCCAUUUAUGGACGGUCUCCAGAUGAAUGGCUGAACUUGGCAAAAUGGUUCAUUAAGCAUAAAGUUUAUUCCCCUAAUAUGCGCUGGAUAAUCCAGGUUCCAAGAAUCUAUGACAUAUUUAGGUCAAAAAAUAUUCUGCCUAGUUUUGGGAAGAUGUUGGAGAAUGUCUUUGUACCUUUGUUUGAAGCAACAAUCAAUCCCAAAGACCACAAAGAAUUACACCUUUUCCUCAAAUAUGUGACUGGCUUUGACAGUGUUGAUGAUGAAUCCAAACACAGUGGCCAUAUGUUCUCUGACAAGAGCCUUAACCCUGACCUCUGGACCAGUGAGAAGAAUCCCCCGUAUAGCUAUUAUUUGUAUUACAUGUACGUGAACAUCAUGUUGCUAAAUAACCUUAGGAGGUAAUGGAACUUGCUUUUGAUUGAAAGAGGCAUGUGUACCUUUCUGUUUCGACCUCACUGUGGAGAAGCUGGGUCUAUCACACACCUUGUAUCAGCCUUUCUGACAGCAGACAACAUUUCUCAUGGAUUACUCUUGAAGAAGAGUCCUGUCCUCCAGUAUCUUUAUUAUCUUGCACAAAUACCCAUUGCUAUGUCGCCACUUAGUAACAACAGCCUGUUCCUGGAGUACUCAAAAAAUCCACUACGGGAAUUUCUACAUAAGGGACUUCAUGUCUCUCUCUCCACAGAUGAUCCCAUGCAGUUUCAUUAUACAAAGGAAGCUCUCAUGGAAGAAUAUGCUAUUGCAGCCCAGGUGUGGAAACUAAGUACCUGUGACUUGUGUGAAAUAGCAAGAAACAGCGUACUACAGAGUGGAUUGUCAGAUAAGGAAAAACAGAAAUUCUUAGGGGUGAAUUACUGUAAAGAAGGGCCUGAGGGAAAUGACAUUCGAAAGACAAACGUUGCACAGAUCCGGAUGGCUUUCAGGUACGAGACACUGUGCAAUGAACUUAGUUUCCUGUCUGAUGCUAUGAGAACAGAAGAGAUUUCUACUCUGUCGAAGUAG